AUGAAUGUGGCAGCAGGUAAGGAACAUUGUAGGCCUACUAUUCAAAUAUAAUCUCCUUGGUAUAAAUGGUAGCCUUGCCUUCACAUUAGAUAUUGUACUGUAGAGAGGAUAGUAGUUGCACAUUGCUGAAAUAUUGCUCUCUUUCAUUUAGUUUUUGUUUGGUUCGGCCUGGUGGUCACUAAAGCCAUUUGUACUCGGGAAGAAUACCGACUGGUGUGCUAUGUGAACAGCAGGACCCAGCACCAUCCUGACGUGCCUGCUUUCAGCCUGGACAUGGCUGACCCGUUCCUCUGCACCCAUAUCAUCAUGGCCUACAUGAACCUGGACCAGGACUAUCACAUCACACCCUUCACACAGGAGGACAGGACCCUCUGCAGCUCCAUCAACAUGCUCAAAGAGAGGUGUGUCAGGAUCAGUGUUUCUACCACAACCAUCAGGUUGUAUAAUUCCAUCUCUUCUCUGCCCUCCACCAGGAACCCAGAUCUGAAAACUCUGCUUUCUGUUGGGGGAUGGAACUUUACUGACACCAGGUCAGUACCCCACUCGCACUUACAGUAAUAAUUAGGUGCUUUUGGAAUUGAAAGGUUUUCACCCAAGCAGUAACGUCCAACUAUCCCUCCACCAUAGGCUCCUAAAGAUGUCCUCUGACAACACCAGGAGGAAGACGUUUGUCCAGUCUGCUCUGAAACACCUGAGGCAGGAGGGCUUUGAUGGACUGGAUGUGGUGUGGCAACCUCCCUCUGCUUCUAAUGGAGCACAGAGGGGAAAACAUCUAUUUACUCAUCUGCUCAAGGUAAGACCUACGAUGACAUCUUCAUGUUUGCAUUUUAAUUUGAUGUUGUCAAAGUGAGAAGUGUGUGCGUGCGUAGGAGCUGCGUGGAGGAAUUCAGGAGGAGGCUCGUGUCUCAGGGAUUGAGACCCUGCUCCUCACCACAGCAGUGUCGGGCCUGGUGGACUAUGCCAGAGAGGCCUACGAUGCACAGUCCUUUCCCCAGUGAGUCCACACACAGCACCCUGUGGUAUGGGACUAUGGUGGAGAGAAACUCACCUCUCACAGUUUUAGAUUGAUGUCUGAUACAGUCAAAGGGACAUUACAAACGGCAUGAUCUUGUAACAUUUUCAUUCAUUGAAGUACUUGUUGAUAGACCAUACCACAUAUUAUUUUACUGGUAUUCCAUGUAAUGAAAAAUGGUCCUAAGAAAGUAAUCCUGACUUUUGUCCCUGUAGGUAUGUUGACUUCAUCUCCUUGUUGACCGCUGACCUCCAUGGGCCACUGGAGGGAAUGUCAGGUCACAUCAGUCCAUUGUUCAGCCUGAAGCAUCCAGCUAUGGACACAUCUCAGAGAGAAGUACACUCGCUACUUCUACUAUUCAGUACAAAUAAAGGACUUAAUUGUAUUCCUGAUAGGCAGAGCUGGUUGAAAUUAAGUGGACAUCAAGUUUGUGUCUGCUGGUUUUACUACUCAUGAUUUCCAAAGAACAUGUUAUGUUUGUUAGUCCCUUCUAUUUAACCUUUAUGCAGUACUGUUUUCCCAGAACCAAGUGCAGUACUGGCUCUCUCAGGGAGUGGUUUCCCAGAAGCUGACUCUGGGGUUCCCUGCUUACUCACCUGUAACCCAGAUCCUGGGGAACGAGAUAAAUUAUGACAAGGAAGAUACAGAGCUACAAGAGGAUGCAGCGGAAUAUACUGAGACUGAUACCGCUGUACGUGUUAUGGCUUACUAUGAGGUAAAUAGCAUACCUGGUGCAAUAGGCUUGUCAUUGAUUAAAUGUUAUGGUUUGUUCCAACUUUGCUGACAUUUCUGCCAGGUUCUGUUUCUAUUGCCCACUCUAUAGGUGUGUCAGUUCCUCAGAAUUGGGGCGGUGGUGAAGUUUGAUAAGAGGGAGAAGCUGAUCCAGGCACAUGAAUACGAUCACUGGCUUAACUUUGAAUAUAUACAUAUCCUGAGGGAGAAGGUAAAUGUUUAGGUCAAUACAGCAUCUGUGCAACAUAUGAAGAAAAAAAAAUGUAAGUCGCUCUGGAUAAGAGCGUCUGCUAAAUGACAUGUAAAUAUAAAUAAAAUGUAAAUAUAUCAUCUUUAUAUGUCAAGCAAGCCGAUACAGUUCUAUUACAUUGUUACUUUAUUUGACAGGGACAAUGCACAUUAAUCAACACUUUUGUUAUUAUGCCAGGUUUAGCCAGCUGACUAAUUUUGAUCCAAUAACUAUCAUAGCUAUGUGUAAAACUCCUUCCUUCCCCUGCUCCUCUGCAGAUGAGAGCGCUGCAGCGUCAGGAGCUGGGUGGAGCCAUGGUGUGGUCUCUGGAUCUUGACGACUUCACAGGGACGCUGUGUGGCAAAGGUAGCUUCCCGUUCACCAGGCUGCUCAAAGCAUCUCUUCUCAGGGAUAAGGGGCCACGACAUCAUAAACGACACCACCGCUCACGCCACCAUUAUCACCAUCGCCAUCCACAUCGUCAUGGGGGUUUCCUUUCCCAUGACAGCCAUCACCCAGGUUACCAUGUCCAUUGUCACCGUCACCUUGACCGCCACAACACUUAA